AAUAUUGCUCAGAUUAGUUAAACUAUACUUUAUGCAAAUUCAUCUCAAUAUGUGAUGCAUUGAGAUGAAAAAAACAAAACCGAAGAUCCCUUUGAAUCUUUAAUAUUACAAUAUUAAGUAAAUAAGUAGGAGUUCUCACUAUGGAUAAGUAUCGGUACCAGAUACUUGGAGAAAUAGGCAAAGGAAGCUUUGGGACAGUCUUCAAAGCAAAAAAAGUGAGAGCUAACUAUGCAAUUAAAAAGGUUCGAUGUGAUGCACCGGAAAAUGUUGAACUGGCUUUGCAAGAAUUUUGGACGCUAUCUUGCCUGAGAGCGCACAGUAAUAUCAUUAGAUUUGAAGAAUGUUAUUUACAACAUGAUAAGAACAUCCGUCCACUCAAACAUGGUGAUCCCACUUCACCUGCAUAUAUGCACUUGGUUGAAAUGGCAAUAAAAGGGAAAAGAGGUUGGGGGCAUUCUCAAUAUUAUCUUUGGUUUGUCAUGGAAUAUUGUGAUUGUGGUGAUAUGAAUGAUUACCUGUUGGAUCGUGAGCCGAUUGCAUAUCUAAACACAAUAUUCAUGUUGCAAUUGGCUGAUGGUAUUGCUUUUCUUCAUAAGAGCAAUGUUGUUCAUAGAGAUUUGAAGCCUGAAAACAUAUUAGUUCGGAAAGGCAAAGGGAGGGAUCCAAUAUUGAAAAUCGCUGAUUUCGGCUUAUCAAAAGUAUGCAAUCAUCCGAUCAAAGAUGAUCCUGAUAAAAUCGUUGAUGAAGAUGAAGAAAAUGACAUUAAUGUUGAUACAUGUUGGCUGUCAUCUGCAUGUGGAUCGGAUUUUUUCAUGGCUCCCGAGGUUUUUGAAGGACGAUAUACCGCCAAAGCCGACGUGUUUGCAUUAGGAAUCAUUUUUUGGGCUGUCAUGGACCGAAUAACCUUCAUCGAUGCUGGCACGAAAAAGGUUUUGCUUGGUACUUAUGUGCGAAGAGACAAAGAGGUUUUACCUGUUGGUGAAGCACUUCUCGAUGAUCCCAACCUGGAUAUGACUCAACUUCUCGUUGAUACAGGAGUCGCAAGCUGUUCCGAUCAAAGAUCGAAAAGAUCCGAGUCUCGAACUUGCGUUUCUGGGAAUAAGAAGAAAUUAAGGGAUUUGAUUGUUCAAAUGGUGCACCCCAAUCCAGAGUUUCGUCCCAGUUCUCAAGAACUUCUUGGAAAACUUGGUUCUAUUUUGCAAACUGGAAGCAGGCCAAGCAAAAUGAAUCUGAAUGUUAAGAAGCCUGUUGAGGUUAAACCCGAGCUCAAUCGCGAAGUUGGAAUCUCUGUGGAAGAUAAUUUACCUGAUCAGAAGCAAGAGGAAAAAGUAGCUUUGGAAAAAAAUCCUCCUGUCGAAGACCAGCCCAAAGUUGAAACCAAAAAUGAUGAAAUCAUGAAAAAGCAGAAAUCAAAGAAAACUGCCCGACAAAAAUCAGUGGCAGAAGUUCAAGAUGAAAAUAUUGAAAAUGGAUCACAAUGCGGUAGAAGAUUACGACAACGGAAAAAUUCCUGCGCAAACAACAAAAGUAAUCCUUCUGCUUUAAAACAGGAUGAAUCUGAAAAUUCAACUUCAAAGAAAAUCUCGGAUACUGUUACAAAAGCGAAACGAAAAGUACUCUCCGCCGUGAAAAAGUCCGAAAAUAAUUGUAAAGGAAGAAAAAAGCCGCCAGUGAAACAGAAAAGUAUUGUCCAAGAUGUUAUUGAAAAUUCAAAAGAUGGAAAUUCUGAUAAAAGUUCUUCCGAAAGUGAAGACCUAAAAAGUUCAAAGGCUGAAAAUCAUAUAAUCACACGAUCAGAGCUCAAAAGUGUCAUUACACACACUUCAGACGCCAUGAAUAAUAGUCUAGAGCAGGACGCAGUCCAUAACGUGAGGAGGAAAAGCUCUGAUAAAGAAGUCCAAAUCAGCAACGGUACAAGUUCCGAGAAUGAACUUGAAGCUAACGAAAAUAAAACCAGGUUGAAAUUACGUGAUUAUGUCAGUAGUCCGACAAAAAUAUCAAGCCAUGAUUUUCCUGAUAUCCAUGGUGAACAAAAUUCAGCUAGAAAUGAUUUGUCUUCGCCGACAGAAAACUUGGAAUUUGACGAAGGAUUAGGCAUAGAUGCAAAUAGCAAUGACAGUAUAACUCCAUCCGAAGUUCCAGAAUUUGAUUCUGGCUAUAAAUCGAAGAAAAAAUCUCGUCGCGUCUCCCACCCUACUGAAGUAGAGACAACAAAUUUUUCAGAUUCCUCCAAAGUAGAUAAUGUAAUUCAUGCUUCUGAAGACGAAAAACAACAACUGUCCAUCAAUGACGAUUCAACAGUCAAAUCAGGAGAAAUAAUUGAAAAUACAACUGACCGGUCAAUUUCAUCUCCUAAUGACGAAGAUUCAUAUGAAAUUCUUGGAAUGAGUCCUUUUCGCAGGCGACAUAUUGGUUUAAAAGCACAGAUUUGCAAGUCUAAACAAUCGGAGGACGAUACAAAACAAAGUUAUGAUUAUGCAGUACCUAGUGUUCCGGAAUCACCAACAGAGAAAGCUAUGGAUCUAACAACAAACAGCGAACCUAUUUUCGAAACCCAAAACCGAAAAUUGAAGUGCCAAGAACGCCCUGCGUUGUUGUACAAAGUCGAGUGGGAUUCCGACAUAAUCCUUUUCACACUGCAGUUAAAAAACGAUGGAAAUAUGUAGUUUUAGAUGAUGCACCUACCGAACCAAU